AUGUUUGCGAGCAUCUGCCUCGUAAUAGUACUUCUCAGCCUAUUGGCUUUACACGUAUCGGCGCGUUACGGCAAAGCUGGGCGGACGUUUAAUAAGAUUCCCGGCCCUCCGCCGCUGCCUUUCGUCGGCAAUUGGCUCAUGUUCAGUCUUUCGUCGGAAAAAAUCUGGGAUAAAAUACUGCAGCUUCUCGAUGAGUACUAUCCGAUAGUUCGAAUAUGGAAAGGCUAUUCUCUCGGUAUUUUUAUCCGUCAUCCAGACGACAUGAAGGCGAUUAUGUCGUGUAAGAAGAAUAUCAACAAGUGUCAUACCAUAUACAGUAUUUUCCAAAAAUUAAACAACGAAGGCCUCAUUGUGAGUGGAGGUAAAAAGUGGCGACAGCGUCGGAAAAUGAUUACGCCAGCUUUUAGCCCUAAUAUACUGCAAGUCUACACUGAAAUCGCCAACGAGUACGCAGAACAAUUGAUACAAACUAUCAAAAGUCAAAAUAUAGAAAUAAUACCAGAUUUGUUAUCCAUCGGUUUGAAAUAUGCUAUAGGAGUUGUUUGCGGUGAAAGAAAAAGAUUAUCGGUUCUGGAUUUGCUGUUGGCUGCGGAAUUGAAUAAUUUAAUCGACGAAAAGGGACUGAAGGAGGAAGUAGAAACUUUCAUUGUCACAGGCUACGAAUCUACUGGUGUAGCACUCACAUUCACUCUGAUGCUCCUUGCUGAAAACAAGACGGCACAGGAAUUGGCUCGAUGCGAAGCUGUUGGACUGCUCAGCCAAACAGAUGGCGUAUUAACAGUAGCAGAUAUAAAUAAAUUAGAGUACAUUGAGCGAUGCAUCAAAGAGGCUUUAAGACUUUAUCCGAGUGCUCCAAUGAUUGGGCGUAUCAUCACGGAAGAUAUCAAACUAAGUGACGAAUUUGAUAGUGCUGUGCAUUCGAGUAAUAAAUCAACCAAACAAUUGGAUGUUUCAGGCAAUUACGAGAUUCCCAUUGGUACUGAGGUAGUCAUGAAUAUUUUCGCUGCCCACCGAGAUCCAAACUUCUGGCCAGAUCCAGACAAAUUUGAUCCUGACAGAUUUCUGCCUGAGAAUACAAAAGAACGCCAUCCUUUUGCUUAUGUGCCGUUUAGUGCUGGACUGCGUAUGUGCAUGGCUUACAGGUUUGCUACUUUGGAGUUGAAACUGGUGGUUGCCCGCAUUUUGUCCCAUUUCGUUCUCGAACCUGUCGACUUAACUGCCGAUGUGAAGUUCAAGCUGCACGUCGCCUUAAAACCCAAGAAUCCGUGUCGUAUCAAACUAAUAAAAAUCAAUCGACAAUGA